AUGUUAGAAAAGUUUUUUUGGCAGAAAUCUCCCCAAUACGUCAACCCGGCCCCAAGAAACGGAGGGGCUCCACGGAGAACUGAUCCGGCAACUGAUUUAACAAGAUGGCGUCUCAUCAACAGGAAGGGUAGACAAAGAUGGGCUUACUUAGGGCCAAACAACGAGGUCACAAAAAUUGAUGGUGAUGACGACGAAUAUGCCGAUGAUCUUGAUGGAAUGAGUGAGGAACAAUCAUUUAUGGAGAACGCAAAUUUUUUGCGUCUAAUUCAGGCAGAUGACGGGCACUGGCCGGCUGAUUAUGGGGGUCCACUCUUUCUGAUGCCUGGACUUGUGAUAGCAUGCCACGUUACGAAUACAACAUUACAACGUGAGAAAAAGUUGGAAAUGGUCAGAUACCUGAGAUCAGUUCAAUGUAGGGAAGGUGGGUGGGGAUUGCACACGGAAGCUCCUCCCACCGUACUUGGAACGGCCUUGAACUACGUGACAAUGAGAUUAUUGGGUGUGAGUGCACGCGAUCUUGACCUGGUAAGGGCAUUGGGUAUACUCAGAUCUUUGGGGGGUACUUUGAGUAUUCCAUCGUGGGGGAAAUUCUGGCUGGCCGUGUUGAAUGUUUACAGUUGGGAUGGUCUGCAUAGUUUGGCGCCUGAGUUAUGGAGCCUUCCGGAAUGUUUGCCGUUCCACCCAAGCAAAAUGUGGUGUCACUGCCGGCAGGUUUAUCUUGGUAUGUCUUAUUGUUACGCUGUUCGUUUUAAAGUCGAUGACUCAGAAAUAGUUCGACAGUUAAGAGAGGAAUUAUAUCAAGAUAAUUAUGACGUCAUAGUUUGGCGUCACCAUCGUAGUAACAUUUCAUUGGCUGAUCUGCACACACCGCAUACCUACUUGUUAAAGUCUGCUUAUUACUUAAUUGACGUUUAUGAAAAAUUCCACAUGACAUAUCUGAGAGAAAAAUCAUUGAACCUUAUAUACGAGCAUGUAGUAUUUGAUGACGAUGUCACUAACUUCAUUAGCAUUGGUCCGAUAUCAAAGGUCAUUCAGAUGAUAGUUAGAUACCAUAGAAAUGAUAACGAAGCACUGAAGAAGCAUAGAAAGAGGAUUGAUGACUACCUCUGGCUUGGAACUGAUGGCCUUAAAAUGAAUGGUACCAAUGGUUCACAAUUGUGGGAUUGCACGUUUGCCAUGCAAGCCCUUUUGGAGGUAACGCUAAAAAAUGGCCUCAAGUUUUUACUUGCUACUCAAAUUGACGGCCUAAAUAAUAAUAAUAAUAAUAAUAAUAGAACCAGCGUCUAUAGAGAUUUUUCAAAAUAUUAUCGACACCCAAAUAAGGGCGGAUUUCCAUUCAGCACGUACGAGUGUGGAUGGAUUGUGGCCGACUGUACUGCUGAAGCUCUGAAGACGAUGAUGAUGAUGAGGAGGAGGAGGAAGAAGAAGAAGAUGAUGAUGGUGGAAAAAAGCGUAAAUACUGAUAAUGAUCUCGACACUGGAGAUGUUGCUUUGUUAACGUUACAAAACGACGAUGGCGGUUUUGCAACGUACGAGCGAAAGAGAGGUGGCACAUUUUUAGAGUCUCUCAAUCCAUCAGAAGUUUUUGGAGAUGUAAUGCUAGACUAUUCGUACGUUGAAUGUACGUCUGCUGCCAUGCAAGCCUUCCAUUUCUUCACGGAAUACAUUGAUAGGAAUUACAAGAAGGAAAUUAUCAAGCAAGCCUUGGAGAAAUGUUUAGAAUUCAUCGUCAACUCACAGCAAGUUGACGGUUCUUACUAUGGAUCGUGGGCUGUGUGUUACACGUAUGGGACCUGGUUCGCCCUGGAAGGUCUGUCUUGCGUGGGGUAUCACUAUGUCAGAGCACCACAUCCAAGUUUGACGAAGGCCUGUGAUUGGCUGGCCAGCAAACAGCAGCCGACCAAUGGCGGUUGGGGAGAGAAAUUUGAAUCAUGUGAAUUAAAGAGAUACAUAGAUUCGACAUCAUCAGCAACAGCCACAACAAAAACCACAUCGUCAUCGUCAUCAUCAACUGAAGAACCACAAGUAGUUAAUACGUCUUGGGCCCUGUUGGGUUUAAUGGCUGCCGGAUAUCCAGAUGUGAAUUGCAUCGAGAGAGGCGUUCGAUAUCUGCUUGGCAUGCAGAAUGAUGACGGUAGCUACCCUAAGCAAAACGUAUCAGGAGUCUUCAACAAAACCUGCUCCAUACAUUACGAUCUGUAUAGAAACAUUUUCCCAAUGUGGGUCAUUGCAAGAUACAAGAGUUUAUACGGAACAUAA